AGUACUUACAAGGUGGACCAGCCAGACUAGUAGAGCUGGGACCUUAUACCUACAGGGAGUAUCGUCCGAAGGUAAACAUAACUCAUUACGAUAACCGGACAGCAAGCUACCUCAACAUGAAGAGUUUUGUCUUUGAUCUGGAGAUGUCUGUCGGUCCCGAAUCAGACACCUUCACCGCAAUCAACGGUCCUGUCUUUACUAUUGCCCACUGGCUCAAGAACGCCCCGGACUUGGUGCAGAAGGCUUGGGAGCUCAUUCACGAGCUUUCCAAAGCAGAUGUCAUCAUAGAACUGUCAGUGGAUGGCUUCGUCUGGGGCUAUCCGGACAAGUAUUUGGAACUAGCCCAAAGGAUUCUUGGUAAAGAAGUCAUUCCUUUUACCAACUUUGGGAUACUAAUGGGGUAUAACAACAGUGAUGAUGGCUUUUGGUCGGGUGUAUACCGGUGA